UUUUAGUUUUAGCCCAGCCCACUCAAUAAGGGGCUUAACAAUCAUGCAUUCGUUGCUUCGUUCGUGAAUUAGGCACAAUUUCCUGACUCAUUUGUUGACCAAUUCUAAUUCCUAACUAAUCGAUUUCUCUGCUUCUACUCAGUAGUUCGUUCAAUUCACCGGUUUGUUCAACUCAAAUCGUGCAAUCCUUCUUUCAAGCUCGCGAUUUCCUCUUCUGGAAUUCUCAAGAUCUUGAUAAUGGCAACCACUGCCUGUUUCAUCAUUGUUAGCAGAAAUGACAUUCCUAUAUAUGAAGCUGAAGUUGGAGUAGCUGCUAAAAGGGAAGAUGCUGCUCAACUGCAUCAAUUUAUCCUUCAUGCUGCUCUUGAUAUUGUUCAGGAUCUUGCAUGGACUACUAGUGCCAUGUACUUGAAAUCAGUAGACAGGUUUAAUGAACUUGUGGUGUCAGUGUAUGUUACAGCUGGUCAUACCCGACUUAUGUUGCUACAUGACUCCCGUAAUGAUGAUGGUAUUAAGAGCUUCUUCCAAGAGGUGCAUGAGCUUUACAUAAAGACUCUCCUUAAUCCCCUGUACUUGCCUGGCUCCCGGAUCACGUCAUCACAUUUUGAUACUAAAGUCCGUGCCCUUGCACGAAAGUAUCUGUAGUAUGUAGAAACCACUAAUUGUCUAUGGUUGCUAGUUCAUAUAGCUCUGUGGCCCGACUCUCGUUCGUUCUUGAUUACAGUUGAAAAGUUGUCUUUCUUUUUCUUUUUCUCCUUCAUGAUUUGGCGGCAUGGGUAGGUUUGCUGUUGUCUAUAUUGUACCUCAGUCAUUAGCAGGUGGUGGGUGCUUAUGCUAAUGAAGGCGAUUGUUGACAAGCUUCAUUUGUGAUACAUAUUAAUCUUGUACUCAAUGCUCAACUAUUUGAUUUUAAGUGGUAAAAAUGAUUUUUUAUUCUUUUUA